CUCACCGUCUGGUUCGGUCCUUUGACAACACGCUCACUUGACCUAUGAAUGCUCUGGGGACAAAGGCCCAUCAAUGUCUCCGUAGACGUUACCUGUCCUCGUCCACCCGCCGCCUUGCGGCUGCCACCGCGGAAAGCUCGACCAGCAACCCGGACAAGGCGUACUCAAAGACCCUCCUACUGCCGAAAACAUCAUUUCCGUUAUGGAGCGAACCGUCCAAGCGGGAGGUUCCAUUGAGGAAGAGGACAUGUGACGACUUGUAUCGCUGGCAGUGGGAAAACGCGAAAGGGCCUCUGUUUGUGUUGCAUGAUGGUCCUCCGUAUGCCAAUGGUGACUUGCACAUGGGGCACGCUCUUAAUAAAAUCCUGAAGGACAUCAUAAAUCGAUAUCACGUUCUUCUCGGUCACCGUGUACAUUAUGUGCCGGGCUGGGACUGUCACGGUCUUCCCAUCGAGAACAAAGCCUUGAAGCGUCUUCGUAAAGACCCCCUUAAACUUCCGCCGGGCGUAGUACGUGCCGAAGCGCUCAAGUACGCACACAAGGAAGUCGAGAAGCAGCGGGAAGAGUUCAAACAGCUUGGGAUCAUGGCUGACUGGGACAACCCGAGUUCGACGUAUAGGACUAUAGACCACGACUAUAUGCUGCGCCAAUUGCGCAUAUUUCAGCGCAUGAUUGGCGCUGGUCUCAUUCACCGCGCUCACAGACCGGUUUACUACUCGCCGUCUUCGCGUUCUGCCCUCGCCGAGGCUGAGCUCGAGUAUGACGACAUCAUCUCGCAUAGCGUAUACGUCUCCUUCACCGUACCCGCUUCCGCCGGUAGUGUUCCACCUUUGCUCAGAGAGUUGAUGGCCAGAGAGAAAGUGGACAGCAUCGGGGCGCUGGUUUGGACGACCACGCCAUGGACAUUGACAGCCAAUAUGGGUAUUGCAGUCAACGAGGGAAUGACAUAUACUGUCCUCCGACAGAAAAAGACAGGUCAACUUCUUCUGGUCGCCAAGGAUAGGCUCUCUGCGUUGGAAAAAGAUGACAUCCUCGGACACACGGUAGUACUCGCGGACAUACCAGGCAAAGACCUUGUCGGUGUCACCUACAAGCCUCUCUUCGGCCGCAGCCAGCCCUUCGUUUACAAGAUCCACCCGUCGGCGCACGUCUCGCCGAACACCGGCACCGGCUUUGUUCACUGCGCCCCUGCGCACGGCAUGGAAGACUAUCACCUUUUCCGCUCGCUGAAUUUGCUGCCUCGCCACUCAGGGAUGCUCUGCCACGUGGACGCCCUUGGCAAGUUCAGCCCGGAAGUCGUGGAUGUCGUCGGCCACGAGGCCGGUCGGUCGCUUGUCGGGUUGCAGGUUCUACGCGACGGCGGGCGGGUCGUUAUCGACAUCUUGGGCGACAAAAUCGUUUGGAAUGGAAAGUUGAAGCAUCGAUACCCGAUAGACUGGAAGACCAAGGAGCCGGUCAUCAUCAUGGCGACCGAGCAGUGGUUUGCUAAUCUGAAUAACAUCAAGGACGCUGCCGUCACCGCACUCAAGGAUGUCGAUUUCUAUCCCACCGUGUCCCGGAACCGCCUUGAGUCGUUCGUCAACACGCGUUCCGAGUGGUGCAUCUCUCGUCAGCGGGUGUGGGGCAUGCCUAUCCCUGCCCUCUAUAAUGACCAAACUGGCGAGACUCUCCUCACGGAGCAGAGCCUCGAACACAUUCUGUCGGUGAUAGACAACAAGGGCAUACAGCAUUGGUGGGAUGGUCCGGUGGAGGACUUCGUUCCCCUGUCUCGAGCGGGAGAGAAGGGGUGGAGGAAGGGAACGGAAACUAUGGACGUCUGGUUCGACAGCGGGUCGUCUUGGAGCAUGCUUGAGGGCCUGGGUGAGAGUAGACAACACUUGGCGGAUGUGUGUGUGGAGGGAAGCGACCAGCACCGCGGCUGGUUCCAGAGCCAGCUGCUGACCAAGGUCGCCGUGUCCCAGUGGCACGGAACGGAGACAUCUGUGGCGCCGUACGGGACGUUAAUAACGCACGGGAUGGUCCUCGACCAGGAAGGCAAGAAGAUGAGCAAAACCUUGGGAAACAUCGUCAGCCCGAUGGUGGUCGUAAACGGCGGCAAGGACAAGAAGAAGGAGCCCGCCUAUGGUGCCGAUGCACUCAGACUCUGGGCGGCGACUGUGGAGUACUGGCGCGACGCGGCGCUUGGUCCCACUGUACUCGCACAAGCGGCCGAGUCGCUCCGAAAGAUUAGGAACACGGCGCGAUUCAUCCUUGGGAACGUGUACAAUGGGUUCGGCGGCGAGUGGGAGCGUGUGGAGAGGAAGGACCUGGGGCUCGCGGAACGCUAUGUGAUGUACGAACUGUACAAGGUGGAGCAAGCCGCAAUGGAGGGCUACGCGUCGUACAACUUCCCGAAAGCCGUCAACGCGUUAAGCAACUUCGCAAACAUCACCAUGUCGUCGCUCUACUUUGACAUCACCAAAGACUGUCUUUACGCUGAAAAACCGGAGAGCCAGUCUCGUCGCGCAGUUGCAACGGUGCUAGAGCAGGUCUUGAAGUCGAUGACCAAGGCUGUGGCCCCCGUGCUUCCGCACCUUGCGGAAGAAAUCCACGCGAACAUCGCAAACCUCGAACGAGUAGGAAAGGCUGCCUACCCUAGCUUUCAAUCAGUGUUUAUGGAGCCUUGGGUGCCGUUGAGCGUGGAAUGGCGCGACCCACAGGCGGAGGAGGACAUGAAUGUGCUCCUGCGAGCCAGGAGCGAAGUCUUGCUGCUUCUGGAGAAGGCUCGUGGCGAGAAGCACUUACGCAAUUCAUUGGAGGCCGAAGUAGAUGUUGUCCUCCCUGACGUCCCUUCUUCAAACAUCAGCGAACUCGUUGACGUGUUACGACGGGAAAGCGAAUAUCUGAAAACGCUCUUCAUUGUCUCUGAUGUCACGGUUACCGAUAAAGCGUCUCUGGGCGUGUCUGAACCAACUUGGAUCGUUACUGGUACGAUUCCCCCUACAGACUCGAAGACGGACUCCAUACUUCUUCGGGUUCGACCUUCGAGCAAACACAAGUGUCCCCGUUGUUGGACAUACACGCGACCUGCUGAGGAUCUCUUGUGCGCGCGAUGCACCGCUGCCAUCCCGUCCUCAUAAAAACGUUACAUUACCAUACGUAUAGUCUAGGCAUCUG